AUGGUAAUUUGUGUGUGUGGAAGUGAAGGAAAAAGAGAGUCAGUAAUCUACAUCAAAGUGCUGGUGCCACGUAACGAUGAAACUCUCUUUGCGUGUGGAACCAAUGCGUUCAACCCCACAUGUCGCAACUACAAGAUGUCUUCUCUGGAGCAGGAUGGAGAGGAGGUGGUCGGUCAAGCCCGUUGCCCUUUCGAAUCCCGCCAGUCCAACGUUGGCCUGUUUGCCGGCGGUGACUUUUAUUCAGCCACAAUGACAGAUUUUCUAGCAAGUGAUGCAGUGAUUUACCGAAGUUUAGGAGAAAGCAGUCCUGUCCUGCGUACUGUAAAAUACGACUCAAAAUGGCUACGAGAGCCUCAUUUUCUUCAUGCCAUUGAGUACGGAAACUACAUCUACUUCUUUCUCAGCGAGAUUGCAGUAGAGUACACCACCCUUGGCAAGGUGGUGUUCUCUCGGGUCGCUCGCGUGUGUAAGAAUGAUAACGGUGGCUCUCCAAGGGUUCUAGAGCGCUACUGGACGUCUUUCCUGAAAGCCCGGUUAAACUGUUCGGUUCCGGGUGAUUCAUUUUUCUACUUUGACGUUCUUCAGUCAUUAACCAAUGUCAUGCAGAUCAACCACAGGCCUGCGGUUUUAGGCGUCUUUACCACUCAAGCCAACAGUAUCACCGGUUCUGCUGUAUGUGCAUUCUACAUGGAUGACAUAGAGAAAGUGUUUAAUGGGAAGUUUAAGGAGCAGCGAAACAGCGAGUCGGCCUGGACGCCAGUUCCUGAUGAAAUGGUGCCCAAACCACGGCCGGGGUCCUGUGCUGGUGACGGCCCUGCUGCUGGUUAUAAGUCCUCCACAGAUUUCCCUGAUGAAACUCUUACGUUCAUUAAGUCUUAUCCACUAAUGGAUGAGGCCAUACCGUCUGUCAACAACCGACCCUGCUUCACACGAACCACCAGCAGGUUCAAGCUGACCCAGAUAGCUGUGGACACAGCAGCUGGCCCAUAUAAGAACUACACGGUUCUGUUUCUGGGUUCAGAAAACGGACGAGUCCUGAAGAUUCUCGCCAGCAUGCACCCAAACUCCACCUACAGCACGCAGGUUUUGGAGGACAUAGAUGUUUACAACCCCAACAAGUGUGAUGUGCUUGGUGAGGACCGGAGGAUUCUGGGAUUGGAGUUGGACAAGGAUCAUCAUGCCCUAUUUGUGGCGUUCUCAAGUUGCGUGAUCCGCGUUCCACUCAGUCGCUGUUCUGACUACGGCAUCUGCAAAAAGAGCUGUCUGUCCUCACGAGACCCUUACUGCAUCUGGCUGAGUGCGGGGAACUGUGCCACAGUGGCGCCGGGAUUCAAGUCUGGAUUUGAGCAGUAUGUGGAGAGUGGAUAUCCUCAGUACCCAGACAGCUGUCAUGAUGUCUUGGCCACGACUCGCAAGCAGAACCCUGCAGUGGACUCGGCGUACGGAAAGACCUCACCCACAAGUGCCAGCACAACCAAUCAGGGGCCAGCUCUGCCUAAAGUCAAGGGUGUCUCUGAGACAGGAGUGCGCCGACCCCCUGAGGUAGAUAAGUCCAACCACAGUGUUCACUACACUCUGCUCAUUGCGUGUGUUCUGGUGGCGUUUGUCCUGGGAGCUUUCCUCUCCGGAUUCCUCGUUUCCUGUUACUGCAACCACAACGUGAACAAGACCAAAAGGCUGUCGAAAGAUCCAGAAGCACCAAUCCCACAUGCUCUAUCCCUGCGCAGCCUGGCCAAGCUAAACGGCUUGCUGGAGAGCCAAAACAAAGACGAGAAGCUGGAGGUAUCUUCACCCAAACUCUACAACUCUUUCUUUGCGAAUGGAAAAGAGCAGGUGCAUCGCAGGAAUGCCCAUCAUGCUGCCAUGACAGAACUCAUUCACCCACAUCAUCACCACUCUGCAGAGCUCUCUGGCCUUCCCACGCCUGAUUCGACGCCAGAGCUCCCGAUCAAGAGUAUGAAGGCCUUCAAGAACCAAUGGGAGAAGAAUCAAAACUGCAAUAAUGCUAAAGAACCCAAGUCCCAUAACAUGGGAGCAUCUCGGCCAACCACUGGAAUGCAGCAUCAGAUUUUCCCCUUCUCCCAAGGACUGACCAACGGACAAGUACUAGGUAGCUCAGCACACAUGGAGGAACGCAAAGUCCACAAUGUGGAGCGUAUGGCAAGCCAGCCAUAUCACUGCUACCCACACAAGAUUGUGGACGUCACCUCACUCGACGAGCUUCUGAAACACAUCCACGAAAUCAAUGUGGCUACAGGCAAGAGUCCCACUGUCCUCACCUCGUCAAUGUCAGCCAACGCUGGUCAGAUGGUGUUCGCAAACCGCAUACAGCCGCAGAUCCCAGAAACAGAGUCUGCACCGUACUACAGUUCCUCCACGCUUCCUCGGGACAGUCUAACUCGCCGCAUGGAUGUCCCACCAGAGAUUCCUCCCCAUCAUCAAUCUACUCUAGAGAGAGUGUCCCGUCACCCGUCUCAACGGCACUCUUUGAUAACCACUCCCAAGAUGCCCAGCGGGGGCGUGGUGCCACGGCAACACAGCUUCAACCAGCGCAGCGCCCAUCAGCCCCUCCUGCUCUCUCGAAUGAACUCUAACGGCAGCAGUUCGGGUUGCGACGUACGGCACCCACUCAUCCCUAAUGGAUACCUAACUCGCCAACAUAGCUACAGCGAGCAGCCAGAAGUCCACCGUGGAGCUAUUGUCCGUCGGACAGCCUCGCUCAAGCCCGAUGUCCCACCCAAACCGCUGUUCAUCCCUGCUAGCUCGCCUGUCAACCAGGCAGGGAAGUUCAACUACUGAACGAUGGAGAAGAAAAGCCUGUGGUUUUUCGUAAAAAGGCUACUCGACCUCUCAGAACUGAUUGUGGUCAUGAACAAUUAAAAGACUGGAUGAAAAACUUGCCUUUAUGGGAAAAAAAUCCUCUGGAGAUUGGCUGCCAGUGUUGUCGACUUUACAUUUGAACUAUGACUUGUUUUUCUCUGUUUCAUGAAUAUAUUUGUACCAUAUUGGUAUUGCUCAGCUAUUGGCCAUUAGGAGAGGAGGAGUUACAGGAGUCCACCUAGAUUUAGCUGCCACAGUGAUAAGUGUGUGGCUUUAUGGUGUUACUUUGGACUGUCUAGACAGGUGUCACUGAUCCAAAACUCUGUACCUGAACUUUUAUCCAAACAAGUGUGUACACACCUUGUUUGAUAUUCUGAUCUUUCUUGCUUUGGCUUAACUAUUCUGUUGAUGUAGAGUUGAUGAACUGUGCUGAUUCCAAUUAGAAAUGUGUAUAUAUGCAUGCGUGUGUGCGUGUGUGUGUGUAUAUAUAUAUAUAUAUAUAUAUAUAUAUAUAUGUAUGUGUGUGUACAUAUACAUACCCAGUGUAUGUAUCUAGAUUACUGAAAUGGUUUAGCCCCCUCAAGUUCCUUCGCCUUAUUUUGAAAGCAGAUGUGCUGUUGAAAUGCCCACACAACUUGAAGUGAUCUCUGUAAAAUCCAUAAGCAAUAAUCUCCACCCCAUUCUGUCCACUCCAGUGUAAUGCAGUUAUAACAACUCAAACUCAAUAAAGUUUAAAUUCAGAUGAUUAAAUAUGGCUAGAGAAACAGUUACAUCUGAACGCUCGGGCCCAAGUGAGGUGAAUCAGUCUUAGUGUUAUAAAGGAGAUGUAUGUAUAUACCUAAGAAGAAUGUAUUCUUUGUCUAUACGCUCCAGAAUCAGUGUGAGGUGCUCCAGUAUUUAACCUUUGUCUCCUCUGUUAAAAUCAUUUAAUUGGUGAAAGUGAAUCCAAAUUUUUAAAUCUCUUACAUUGGAAACAUCAAACACUGUGUCCUAUCCAGGUGUGAUAAACCGAUAAAACUAUCUCUUCUUUGUAAAUCUUAAGUUUUUGUCUUAAACCAUCCGUGACCACUUUGUGUUCUAUUAUAUAUAGCUCCACCCACAGUGAAAUCUGAUUGGUCUAAACUUCUGCUCCAUAAACAUCAUUGGCUCUGCCAUGAAGCAGUUUGACACACUGAAACAGGUCGCACCUGGAUAGGACACGGCAAAAGAGUCCAGAACAAAAAGUUUUCUUACUCUUGUCCUGAGUUAUUCCUAUAUUGUGUUAAAAUGUAUCGAUAUUAACACUAAAACUGUUUUGUGUAAAUAGAUGAACAAUAACUAGCCAAAUUUUAAUUGUUUGUGUAAAUUUGUGCCUUAUUUAAUAUGAUAUGUUAAGGGGGGGAAGGGUGGCGGCAGACUGGGAGAGGGGACAUAAGGAAAGGGCAGAGAGACCGUCAUUUAUCUUUUUAUUUUUAAUAUUUGUAUUUUUUUUUAAGCUUGGUUGUCUGUAUGUCAUAACUGUUGUAGUUAUAUAUUUCUAGAUACUUUUGAUAUCCCCAGGCUGUGACGCUUUUGCAUUUUGGAACAGCAUCUACAUAGUUUUCCCUCCAAAGAGACAUCUAUCCAUCCAUCCAUCUAUCUAUCUAUCUGUCAUCUAUCCAUCUAUCAUCUAUCUAUCUAGCUAUCGUUCU